AGGAGAAAAAAAUGACCGACAGUGACCUCCACCUAGAGCUGUAGCUGUUGUGUUUCCAGCGAUUAGUGAAAUGUAAACCAACACUAUCUUCAUAUUGUAUUACACAUACACGAUAGGUAGCUUAUUUAAAAUAUAUAUAUACAUACAGAAUACCGAGUGGAAAUCCGGUGUGAGCUUCCUCUUUUCUAUUCUUAUUAACGUUGCCUGCGUUGCCUUUUUUAAAAAGAAAUGGAUAAAGCGAAAUCAGUUGCGGAACAGAACGGAUUAGGUAUUUGCCACGCGAAUGGACUGCAAAAUGGCUUUCAUUCUCAGCCACUAAGCAACGGGACGUGUGCUCAUGGUCCAAAUGGAAGCACUGGCAGUAGUAGUAGCGGUAGCCAUAGUGGUAUUGAAAAUUUCCACCAUCUUCACCAGGACCUACAGAAUAAUGGAUCCCCUGCUAAAAGGUGCAGACUUCGUAGAAGAAUGGACUCGGGAAAGAAAAACAGACCGCCCUUCCCCUGGUUUGGGAUGGACAUCGGCGGGACCCUGGUGAAGCUGGUGUACUUCGAGCCCAAGGACAUCACCGCCGAAGAGGAGCAGGAGGAGGUGGAGAACCUCAAGAGCAUCCGCAAGUACCUGACCUCCAACACGGCCUACGGCAACACGGGCAUCCGCGACGUGCACCUGGAGCUCCACAACCUCACCAUGUGCGGCCGCAAAGGCAAUCUCCACUUCAUCCGCUUCCCCACCCAGGCCAUGUACCGCUUCAUCCAGAUGGGCCGCGACAAGAACUUCUCCAGCCUGCACACCACCCUCUGUGCCACCGGUGGCGGGGCCUACAAGUUCGAGGAGGACUUCAGAACGAUGGCCGACCUGGAGCUUAUGAAGCUAGACGAGCUGGACUGUCUCAUCCAGGGCCUCUUGUAUGUUGAUUCUGUGGGGUUCAACGGCCACCCGGAGUGCUAUUUUUUUGAAAACCCUUCUGACCCUCAGAACUGUGAAAAGACGACAUGUUGUCUGGACAACCCCUUCCCCAUGCUGCUGGUGAACAUUGGUUCUGGUGUCAGCAUCCUGGCCGUGUAUUCCAAGGACAACUAUAAACGGGUCACUGGCACCAGCCUUGGAGGUGGCACCUUCCUGGGCCUCUGCUGCCUGUUGACGGGCUGCGAGACGUUUGAGGAAGCCCUGGAGAUGGCGGCGAAGGGGGACAGCACCAACGUGGACAAGCUGGUGAAGGACAUCUACGGCGGAGAUUACGAGCGUUUCAGCCUGCAGGGGUCUGCCGUGGCGUCCAGCUUUGGUCACAUGAUGAGCAAGGAGAAACGGGAUACCAUCAGUAAAGAGGACCUUGCUAGAGCCACUCUGGUCACUAUCACCAACAACAUUGGCUCUAUCGCUCGCAUGUGCGCUGUGAACGAGAAAAUCGAAAGGGUUGUCUUUGUUGGGAAUUUCCUGCGAAUCAACACAGUAUCCACAAAACUGCUGGCGUAUGCCAUGGACUUCUGGUCCAAAGGACAGCUUAAAGCCUUGUUCCUUGAACAUGAGGGUUAUUUUGGUGCGGUGGGUGCCUUCCUGGAACUGCUGAAGAUGACAGAUGACCUGUGAGAGGAGACAAAAGAAAAAUCACACCUCUCAACUGAGAAGCUGCUGUACAGAUAUGAGAGAGCCACUAUAUGAACUGAGGAAAAGCCAUUUUAGUAAUUUAAUGACUGUAAAUAUUGCAAUUUCUUUCCUCUAUUUUCCCCCCAGAUAAAAGAUUUUUAGUAACUGAUUUAAAUCCUAAUGCAGUCUGGAGGUGAGGUGGGUAUUUGUGAGGUGUUCGCAAGCAAACUUUCCUGGUACUGUGUGUAAAUAUAUAUAUAUAUAUAUAUAUGUAUUUUUAGAAAGUGCGCUAACGCCAAAACCUACUGACCUUUUCGUUCUAAUUUCUUUUGCAUUUUUUUUGUUUUUUUGUUUUUUUUAAGUGUUUUAUUUGUUGUUAAUUUUAAAGUUGUGAGGACCUACUCAAGAAAAUGGACCAUAACCAUAAUUAGUAAGUGAUGCCUCGCCAUACCAUUUGUGUCCAUUGGCCCCAUCAUGGUUCAUAAUCCCUGUAGUUUCCCAAAGUUCAUACCAGACGAAAAUGCCUUGGCCAGUUUUUGUGCAUGUACAGGUGGGACCAAUCCGGCAAUGGAAAUUGGUCAUUACAACUGGCUUGUUGUCUGGACCUGUGCUAGCAAGGAAGAUGGAUGACUCCAUAGGUCAUCUCACUGAGAGAGGCAGGUCUUGAAUUAAUUUUUAAUGGCCUCUAUUGCAAUUCAUGGAGUAUUUCAUCCCUCGCAAACCCUUUUGUUGGUGUGGAGAAAACCUUAUUCACACAGAUAGGCUGUGCAUUGUCCCCAAAAUGUGUCGUUAGAUCUGUAAAAAAAGAAAGAGGGUCCAUUUUCUUUCCUUUUCUGAGGUGUACUUUUAAUCAGAAUCUUGUGAUUUUUGUAUUAUGUUGUGUGUUAACAAUGAGUACCCCUAGGAGAUUUUACUAUUUGACCUUUUGGUUAAUUUUCAUGACAUUUCAUGAUAGUAUCUUGGUUUCAAGUGAAACUACCAAGCUGGCCUGUGAACUGCUAUACAUCGCACACUGUCCUGCCUUUUUCAAAGGAUUCUUUGAGAAGUUUGACCUUUCCUUUGUCACAAACCAUAAUUGUUCACCUCGAGAAGCCGCACCCAUGACUGUUGGGUAAGGCCUGUCCUUCAUAGUCUUCAGUGGUAGACAAUGAGCAAAUGACAACUAGAGUUUUAUGUCUUCUGACCUUACAAAGUCCAAACCAGUUUUAAGCUUCUGGACAAACAAGACCCAACUCGUUAUGAUUAUUAUUUUUUUUUUAUGGUUUCAGUGUCCACUGCAAUUGAUUUAAAAUAUGUUGAGAAAAAGUAAUCCAUUUAUCUCCAUACUCAAGGUGCAAUUUUGGUUUUGGUUAUAUUACGAUGUGAAUGCCGUACAGUAAUUUCCUAAACGAUUAAAAAUGAAACGCACGCAAUUCUCAGAUGUAAGCUGGCAGAUUAGCCAGCUCUUUAAAGGAGAACUCAAACUGAUUUUUGAGGGGACCUCUUCCCCCUGUACAUAUAAAUACGCUGUAGAACUUAAACACUGUGCUGAGCAGAGCCCUAUAAAGGACAUAAGUGGCUGUUUAGGGCCCUGUGACUGGUGGGGGGCCCCCCUAUUUAUUUGAAAAUAUGUAUAUUAUUUAUGAUGUUGGGCUGGGGGGA